UUGUCAUUUUUGUUCCCCACAAGCGCCACUCAGAGUCAAACAACACUGGAGUCCAAACUGGGCACUCUGGAGUGCCACUUCACCUGGGAUCUGGACCUCACCAGGUGUGAACUUUUCCUUCUCAGGGACAAGCUGGAGGACAUUGGUACUAAGGAGGGAUACAGCUGGUUGGGUCACAUUUACAACCUGCAGGGGUACAUCCAAUGCCAGCUAGGGUUUACCAGUGAUGCCUGGCGUUUCUUCAGCCGGGCUGCAGAGGCCUUCCGCCAGAUGAGAAACACCGUCUCUGAUGAGGGACCCUGGUUAGUGGUCAACAAUGGGAACCUGGCAUGGCUGCACUACCACCUUGGUGAAGAAGCUGAGAGUCAGGCUUACCUGUCAAAGAUCAGCAUCUUGAUGGACGAUUAUCCAUCUCCAUCUCAGGACGAGCUCCAUCCAGAGAUCUAUGCUGAAAAAGCCUGGACACUGAUGAAGUUCAGCACAGACAAACAGCUGUUGGCUGCAGAUUACUUCCAGAGAGCCAUCAGGAUGCAGCCGGAUAUGGUGGAGUGGCGCACCAGCCAUGUCUUAGCAUUAUUCAGUGCUUUUAAGCACAGUGACACAGGGCUGGAGGGUGACAUCUUAGAGAAAAUGAAGAUCGCCAAGGAACAUGAUCCAGAGAACUUGUACCUUGCUGCUCUUUACCUUGAGGCAUGUGCUCAGAAAGGAAAAAAAAUACAAGAUGAAGCAUGUCAGUUGGCCAGGAGGGUUUUAAGAAAGCCUGUCAGCAGCUAUAGCGGCAUAAAACCAUUGCUAAGACUGUACAUAAUCCAUGUAUCUAUGGAUGAGGCCAUUGAUUUGGCAGAGGAGGUUCUUGAAAGACAUCCAGAUGAACGUUAUCUGAAGAGCUGUGCUGCAAACUGCUACAAGAUGAGAAUCCUUUUACAGAAAGACAAUCCUCUGGAGCACAGCAUGAUCAACAGAGCGAUCAGCCUCUACAGGGAAGUGAUUUGUUUUUACCCCUUUUCUUCAUUUAAAAGGAAAAUAACUCUUGCAAACAUAUACGCACAGCUGAAUUACCAAAGUGAAGCUGACCAGACAUACAAGGAACUUCUAGAAAGUGCUACGGAUCCUGAUGGGGCACAGAUGCUUUAUAACUACUAUGCAAAGUAUGUACAUUUUAUUCAAAAGGAGCGUUACAAGUCAAUAGAAUAUCAUAUGAGGGCAGCAGCAAUACCAAUACAAACUUUCUAUCGGGAGAACAGCAUCAGAACUCUGGAGAGGAUUAAAGAAAGAAACAGAAACCGAAUGUGUGGAGAAAUAGAAAAGUUUCUGGCUAGCCUGCAAGGCUAAGAAACAUGUAAUAAAGAGGCAACCUCUACUGCACCAGCUUAAUGACAGUACAAGGUCUAAACCCAGAAUAAAAGUAAGGUCAGAGAGAGUAGGACAAUCUGUUUGUAAGGAAGAAACAUUUUUUGCCCAAUUUAUGGUAAUUUUCACACAUAAUGUCUGCACCUCUGGUUUGAUUUUGUAGACCAGAAUCUCUCCAGGUUCACUUCACCUUCUUUUCACUGUAUUUUGCCAUUUAAGCUUGCUGUAGGUAGAUCACAUGACAUUGAUAAAUAUACAUAUAUAUGAAUAUACCUGAUGAAAAGAUGGCAAGUGGAGAAGAAAGAUGAGGUGUUGUGGUACUUUUUGUGUUCACAUGAAAUCUGAACAAUUCUAUUUUGGUUUUCUUUUUAUUUGUGGGUCAAUUUACCUACAGGCCACAUCAACAUGGAUAAAGAAAUUAUUGAAGUUGCCAUCUUGUUCCAAGUGACAGUUACUCAUAAUUGAAAGCAGUAAAGGUCUGACAGUUCCAGAGGAACUACAGUAUGGACAGAAAGAGGACUGAGGCCUCAUAAGAGCUGAAGACCAGAAAGAGAACUAAGCCUGCUUUCAAAUCAACCUGCAAAGUGAAAGCAAAAAGAACUGAGUCUCUUUUCUGUUGUUUCACUUUUUGGCCCACUUUAAUGGGACCCUUGUUUAAAAGGACUAUAUGAAAAUGCACUUAGUUGCACAAGGAAAAUAACUCAGUUUCCUGAGCACAAAAUGCAGCCAAUUGAGAGCUACCACUUAUCAAGUAGAAUAAUCUGGCACCAAGUGGAGGUUGAGUGAGAGAGAAUAAAAAGAAGAGUCUAAUGAACAGAUAGGGAACAGAUGUGGAGAAAUGCCAGGUGCUGAGGAUAUUUAAGACAAACCCACAAAACACACAUGCACACACAUACACACCAGGGAGAAGAAGACACAACAGAAAGAGGAAGGAGGAAAAAUAAGUAGUGUCAUGACUUGAACUGUUAUUGAGCUGUUAUUGAAACUUAUUUGAGGCUUCUUCUGAAAAACUUCCUCUGUUCCUUGUAAAUACUGCCCAUUCAAUCUCCCUAUGAAUAAGAAUUACAUAUCAAACACACCUGCCCCAAGAUCUAAAUAGUUAAAUACUAACGAGUCUGUAACUAGAGCUCUUGGUCAGUGUGUUUGCUUUCACAUUUACUGUUCUUAUAUUUUAGAUUUAACUUUUGUCAAAUCAUAUCUGUUGAUUUACAUUUUUCUUGUGAGUGACAGUUUAUAGUAUUUAUCAUUCUUAUGCUGCUCUCUUACAUUAAACUCAAUGAGACCUUUACCAAAUUUGAUUGAAAAAGGGAAAAUUAUGCCUUCUCUUUGUGUUGAACAUUAUGCUUUACUGCUGGUUUGCUCAGUUACAUUACCACAAAUCAGAUGACACACUUUGUGGCCAGUUAAAAGCCCAGCCUUAGUCUUAAUGUGAAUGUAAAUGUGGUCUAAAUAAUGUAAUUAGUAAAAGCAAGAGAAGCUGCUGUCAUCUGGAGGUGGAAAUGGCGAGGAGUGAUGGCAGUGAGAAGAAGGAAGGAGAAUGGAGUAGAGUCAAGAGGAUAGUGAGGGUUAAGGAGAAGAGUGAGAAAGACGGAACAGGGACGAGUUGUUCGGAUCGCUAUCUUGUUUUGUUGUUGUUCUUUGUCUUUUCCUAGUUUUCCAGUGAUUCGUCUGUUUCCUGUUUGUGUGAGUUACCAGUUCAACUUGGAGUGGAGUGGGGCAGAGCAGGCUGUUCCCCCUAUCACUCGCCUUCCCACACCAAUUUCCUCAUCAGCCACGGCACUAUUUAAGACCGACUUUCCCAGUCUACCAUCGCCAGAUUUUACCGUCUCCCAAGUGGUAUUCAGUCAGUCCUUCUGCAUUUUUGCUGCGUUAUUUUUCAUGUUGCUGAAUCUAUACUAUUUUUUCUGUAUCCAGGUUCACCUGCCUGCCUCUGCCCACUCUACUCC